CGUCGACAACUUGAUCCUUGUCGAGUAUAUAAUCAGAGCGGGUCGUAGAUGGUUCUGACUCGCAGUAGAUAUACCAAGCUGAGAAAAAAAAAUACAAAAAAUCACCCUUACAAAUAUUUCACUCCAAAGGAAAUCCCAGCCGUUCAGACUACAAUGUCAACACAUGCUUUCCCUCCCAACAAUCAUACUAGUCAAACACAUGGGUUGAACAACCACCCAAACAAGUUUCAUGCAGAUCUUUUAUUAAUGCACGAUGUAUACCCUGGAAGAAGUCAUUCUGGGGAGAGGGGUCGGCCGAGGAACCACAGCUCAGAUCGGCCAAGGUUGUUGGGCCAGACGCCUAGUACGGCUAGAGGGCAUGAAUCACCCAAAACCAAACCAGUGUUACAGAGAACUAGAAGUAGCACUCUUAAUAAGACCACGGGAACUUUCCGUAACAGCUCCAAUGGACGGGUUGUGUUGUUUAGAAACAAUUCCAGCGGUGACGUGACCCGACACAACACAACCAGCGAGUCAUCCAGACACCAUCCAGUUGGGCACGGAAAGAUUCUCCGAAACAACUCUAACCCGCACGGUGGGAUAUUCAGGACUAAAAGUGAAAGAACCGAUCCCAGAUCUAGUUCAAGUGCGGGCCUGUUUAGGUCGGCCGAUACUAGGUCGCGAAAUAGUUCCACCACACGAUUAGGGUUAAUCUCGAGAGACACUGCUUCGAUGCUUAACACCUAUGACGAUUCAUCUUCUAUCCCUACGCUUGCCCAGAAUUCAACGUAUACGCUGUCCAAGCUCCGGACUUCACUCAAUACCGGCCGCAGCUAUGAGUAUCUGAUACAGUACCAGCAAGUGCAAACUCCUAUGGAGUCUGAAAUGAUACCUGCCUUUGAUGAAAUGAAAAUUGACAUUGAAAGAGAAUUUCCUGGACGUUUGGCAGCUACCGCCCCUUCCCACAACUUAAACUCUGACUCUGGUUCGGAUGUCGAUGACAACGAUGAUGUCUCCAUCGCCUAUCUAUCCCAUUUACCCUCCCUUGAAAACUCACCCCAUAGCCUUGGUGUUUUCCCGCUAACGGCAAUUACUGAUAAUCGAGUUCUCAGAACUCGGGCACCCUUGGAUACCCAUGCCGAACAGCAAACGGUCUUCGACAACUUUGACUCCAUGUUGAACCAACCAUCCUGGAGUGCUCCCAUGCGAAGCCAACUCAAAGCCCUUGCCCUUAAAAGUCAUUUUGAGGACGAGAAGAAGAACGAAACAUCGUUAAUUAAUGAGUGGAACAAAAUUCGUAGCAUUGAGCAGAGGGUCCAACAUGAGGAAAUUUCCCAAACUUUGCUGAAAAUUGAAAUCUGGCACAAGGGUCUUGCUCGAAAGAGCUUGGAGAGGCUAUACAAGGGGAAUAAACCUUGCGCGGAGACAGUACCUAGGAAAUCUUUUUGUUUCGAGCAGGCGGAUUCAGUGUUAGCGAAGUUUUACAAGGGCUUGGAGAAGCAGUUUAUGAUUCUGGAAGUGGAGGUUCAUGUGGCUCAGGAAGCUCCAGCACUCCACCAGAAACUUUCCAUCGAUACAAUCCAAGAAGCUACAGAAGACGAAGGGGAGGUUCGACGGGGUAGUCUAUCUGUGGAUCGAUUGAGCGUGGAUCUGGCUUGCGUGGCACAGGUAACAGGAGAGUUCGCUCCAGCAGAGGAUGGGGAUAUUUUCAAUCGAAGGGGGAGUGGACUGAAAGACAAAUUGAGUGUGGAUAUGUCAAAGUUGGCCCAGAUGAUCAAGAUAGAAGAGAACUAUGAAUAAGGUUAAAUGAACAAGCUUUAUCCAAGAAUUAGCUCUCAACAUCUUUUGUUUCAUGCUAUAAAAUGGAGGUUUGAUUAUAAGCCUUGAAUGAAGGGAUGACCUAUUGAAUGCAAAACUGUUUCAAUUAUUGGUCCAUUGUUAAAUGGUGAUGCCAAAGGGAAGAGAUUUACGUGUUAAAACAAUCAGACCAUGGUAUAUCCAAUGUGUUUCGAAGGGUGAGUUAGCGGGGGAGAGAGCAUGGUUGGUUCUGCCGCUAGUUGAUCAAGCCAGCUGUAUAGACUAUUAUUCCCCAGAUGAAAGCCAGUAAAUUUGUGAUGUUACUCUCAACUAUAUAUACUAUGUGACACACAAACCUCCCGGAGGAGAUUUUUGUGACAUCUGUAAGAACUAUUCCGGC